CCCAUGACCGCCUCUGUGCAUCUCUAUGGGUUCUUUUCAGUUCAAACCUGAUUAUUAAUUAACAGAUCAUCAAUGAAUCAGCAAAUUCAUACACAUGGCAGAACAUCAGGAAAUCGUUCCAAAAUUGACAAGUUUAAAGGUCACAUCAGUCAGAUAUAUAUAAUCUACUCCGUAAACUCUCGUUGCUUCAUCCAGGUGGAGAUAGUACAUCGGCCUAAAAGGUUUGUAGAGGCGACAAUGGACAGAGACGCUGUGGAGGAAGCCCUGAACACUGCAUUCUUUAAAUAUAAAGGCGUAUACUUUGAGAAUGAUUAUACUUCACCUGAAAUCAUAGAUGAUAUAGAACAUAUGGAAAUCAGGGAGGAUGAUGUGUUUCUUGUCACCUACCCGAAAUCUGGCACAAUUUGGACUCAGCAAAUUCUAAGCCUCAUAUUUCAUGAAGGUCAUCGAAACGGAACAGAACAGAUUGAGAAUAUAGAUCGAGUCCCCUGGAUCGAGUACAAAUAUAAAGACUUUGACAUCAAAAGCCGUCCAUCUCCUCGUCUCUUCUCGACUCACCUGCCUUAUUAUCUGAUGCCGAGAGAUCUGAGGUUCAGGACGGGAAAAGUUUUAUACGUGUGCCGAAACCCCAAGGAUGUCCUGGUGUCCUUUUACCACUUCAUCAGGAUGUUACCAUACCUAAAAUGUUCAAUAGACUGGGAAACAUUCCUAGAGCUCUUCAUAUCGGGGAGAGUCACAGGUGGCUCAUGGUUCGACCAUGUGAGGGGCUGGUACACGCACAAAGAGGAUUUCAACAUACUGAUUGUGACCUAUGAGGAGAUGAAGAAGGACCUUCGAUUUGCUGUGAAGAAAAUAUGUAAAUUUGUGGGCGUGAACCUUGAUGAGAAAGAGAUAGACACCGUGGUGGAAAGAGCAACGUUUAAGAACAUGAAAUGUGAUCCUUGCGCUAAUUAUGAAUCUAUUCCCAUUGAGUAUUUAGACAAAACUAAAGGAAAUUUUUUACGAAAAGGGACGGUUGGUGACUGGAAAAACAUAAUGACGGUGGCGCAAAGUGAGAUGGUUGAUAAAGUUUUCAAGGAGAAGAUGGGAAAUCUGCCAAUCAAUUUUUUGUCGGACAUCGAUGAAGAACCUGCCUCCUAGGGUUUUGUUGUCUUCAUUACAACCAUGGGUGGACUUCUCUGUAGGAUGUGUGUCUAAGCCCCUGCCCUCCACAUGUGUAUAGUUUCACCCAUAUA